AUGGCGUUUGCUCGAUUAAAUAAAAGUAUUACUUUACCUUCGGGAGAGUACUCAGUAAAACAAUGGAUGAAAGCUGUGCAUAAUUUACUAGAGAAGACGAAAAGCGCCAAAGAAAGUGGCGACCUCGAAACUGUGUACACAACUAGUAUAAAAGCAUCCGC